AUGAUCACAGGAAAUUUGAGUGAAUUUGUUUGGGGAAGUGUUGAGCUAGCCCUUAAUGUUCUAUUGUACUCUAGAUUAAAAUUACCAUAAAAAGUGAUGUCUUAAGGUGUAUUACGUAUGUCAAUUGUUCGUGAAUGCAAUUACAACUUUGGGGUUGACACCAAGGUACAUUUGGAUUGACAUUAGUUCCUAGAUUGUUAGAUAUGUUGUUGCCUCGUUACUCACUCCAAAUAUAGUUAGACAUUUUCAUAAAUCAAAUGAUUCUUAUCACUUCAUAUAUGGUUGCUUCAUGUGCUUUGAUGCAUUGAUCGUUAUGGAUAUCCUUCCUAUGACAGAUACUAUAUAUGCUAUAAUCCUCAUUCUACGUUUGUUUCAUCUUUUAGAAAUCUUACUCAAAGUUAGCAAAGCUAUCCUAUCAAUAAAGAUUCAUAUAAAAAAAGUUGUAAAAGUUUAAUGCAAUUUGUUGAAUUAAGUUAAUACAACAAAUUACAAUACAAUAAUUUCUAAGAAAUUGGAAAUAUCUCCUCCCAAUUCUUCAAAAACCACAAAUGCGAGUUCACUUAAUGAAGUAGAGAGUACUUAAAAGAUUAAGAAAAGACCUAUAUUUCCUAAUGUUUAUUAAAUCAAAGUACAGACAUCUAAGACAACAAAAAUCAAUAUAUUAAUUGAUGAGCCUGAAAAAUUUGAUCUACUAUUUGAUUAAUAAUUAAAUAUGGAUAGAAAGAUGAAUCUUUAAAUCAAGAUUAAUUUAUGUGCUCAAGUUUAUUAGAAUUUGAAAAAACAUUAUCCCUGUGAAUGGCUUCUUAGACAGAUUGCUGAAUAUCAAGCUGAGUUAUUACUUUUAGAUAAAUGA